AUUCACCGAGAUUCCCACGGUUCGACCACGCCAAGCCAAUGGAGGAGAGCAACCGGAGUAAGUGGGCGCGUUCGUCGUCGGGAGGAAAAUAAUCACUGACGUUCCCGUCGCUUGCUAUUUGUAUGGCGGCGGUACGCUACCGUUGGUGAUGGAUUGCAAAGGACCAAUUACAACGCUCCAUGGGACAGCGCUGUAGAAAGGUAGCCAAUCAGUUGCCUAGCUCUAGCUGUCAUUCAACCCCGAUUCUGGCGGGUAGGCGGGACGUUCGCUCGGCUGUAGUUCCGUCAUCUCGCUCGUCUCCGAGGCUACAGGGGGCCAAUGUUGAUUAGGGCGAAUUCCCGUCGUUGUCGGAGCCCGCCGAGGAACCAUUUUUAAAAGCUGGGUUCGGUAACGAAAGGUGGAAGGCUUUUGGUUGAUAAUAUUGCAUCCCCGCCGUCGGCAUAGCUGUUUUUCUGGGCUGGGGGAGAGGUGGCGAGCCGGGGGGCCUCGCUCGGAGGGGGCUGCAAGGAGGGACAGGAGAAGACUGGAUCCUCCGUGUUCAGGCCAACUGCGCCGAGGUCGGCCUGGCAGUCCAGUGAAGCCCCAGCGACCGAGACACCACAGCGAUAGUUCCCCGUGGAUUUAAACUCGAUUCCGGUCGCCGGUGGAGGGAUGACCGUGGAGUGAGUGAGUCCGCUGCACCGUCUCUCCGUGGCACCGCAUCUCCGUGGCACCGCAUCAGCAGCUGUCAGCCUAUUAAGGAGCAAAACCUCGGAGUGAACGCUUGCUAACUAUAACAGCUGGAUUUAAGGAGCACCAUUCAGACCUAAUCGAGCUUUGACCGGCGUGCCAAGGCUGUAGGGUGGCCAAAAAGCCACGGAUCGCCCGUUGACAAGUUGUCAUCAUGGGCAACGCGCCCACGGCCAGGAAGGGCAGCGAGAUGGAAAGCGUCAAGGAGUUCCUUGUUAAAGCCAAAGAGGACUUUCUAAAGAAGUGGGAGAUCCCUGCACAGAACACGGCUGGCCUGGAGCAGUUUGAGAGGUUGAAAACCCUCGGCACGGGCUCAUUUGGCCGUGUGAUGCUGGUGAAGCACAAAGAAACGGGACAGCAUUAUGCCAUGAAGAUCCUCAACAAGCAGAAGGUGGUGAAGCUCAAACAAAUAGAGCACACUCUGAAUGAGAAGAGGAUCCUUCAGGCUGUCAGCUUCCCUUUUCUGGUGCGACUAGAGUACUCAUUCAAGGACAACACUAACCUCUACAUGGUGAUGGAGUAUGUUCCAGGUGGAGAGAUGUUCUCCCAUCUACGGAGAAUUGGCAGAUUUAGUGAGCCACACGCUCGUUUCUACGCUGCUCAGAUCGUCCUAACCUUCGAGUAUCUGCACGCUUUGGACCUGAUCUACAGAGACCUGAAACCUGAGAACCUGCUCAUAGACCAACAGGGAUACAUACAGGUGACAGAUUUUGGCUUUGCCAAACGUGUAAAGGGCCGGACCUGGACACUGUGUGGCACCCCAGAAUAUCUGGCCCCAGAGAUCAUUCUCAGCAAGGGGUAUAACAAGGCAGUAGACUGGUGGGCGCUGGGGGUACUGGUUUAUGAGAUGGCAGCAGGGUACCCGCCUUUCUUUGCUGACCAGCCCAUUCAGAUCUACGAAAAGAUCGUAUCAGGGAAGGUGCGUUUCCCAUCUCACUUCAGCUCUGACCUGAAGGACCUCCUGAGGAACCUGUUACAGGUGGAUCUAACAAAACGUUACGGAAACCUCAAGAACGGGGUCAACGACAUCAAGGGACACAAAUGGUUUGCAACCACUGACUGGAUUGCGAUCUACCAGAAAAAGGUGGAAGCUCCCUUCGUCCCCAAGUUCAAAGGACCAGGCGACACCAGCAACUUUGACGACUACGAAGAGGAGGAGAUCCGUGUCUCCUUUAAUGAGAAAUGUGCCAAGGAGUUUGCGGAGUUCUAGAGUUAGAAAGUGAGAGAGGAAGGGAGUAGGGAGAGUCAAAGGUAAGCUGGUCAAGUGGGAGACGUAAGGAGGAAGUACUGUCUCCUGUCCAAUCACAAGCACCAGCUACAAACAGAGGGGGGAAAUGGGAUAGAGAAGGGAAAAAGAGCAAGGAGACUGAUAACCAGCAGUGUUGCCUUUUCUGUUGUAUUUAAUUUAUUAUUCUGUCUUAUUUAUGGAUCCCUUUAUAAUGAAGGCGUGCUUCAGAUUCAUGGGUGUUGGGAAGCCCACUUAUUUAGAGUUGCCUCUACACAUUUUAACACAAGAUCUUCCCGGCUCUUCUAUUGUUUCAUUCAUCAUUUAGUCACUUUUGGGCCACAUCACAGAGAAAGUCGGUUCUACUCUCCUGCAGGUUACAUGAAUUACAUGAUGCGUGGUGCAAGUCGAGGUCUCAGUCUGCACAAAGGUUUCUUAAAUUUAAACUGAAAACCUUCUCGUUGUUUCGUUAGCAAGUCGAAGUUGGCCAAAAGAAAAACAUAAAGUGGACGCAUUGCAUGCUCAAACAGGUUUCCGUCAGAUACAAGUGACACUUGGGGGGGGGGGGGGGUCACUAAAGUUUACUCCAUCUAUACUUCUUAUCAUUGUAGGCAUAGCCAGGUUUGUGAACUCCAUGUGGCUGAAAUGUGGCUCCAAUGAUAUCAUGUCAGGUUAACAAACAUGGACAUUUGGAUGGUUAUAUCUCAGUUUAAUGGUGUAGUGACGGAACAUUAUAACAUAAUGGUAUCUCAGGUUUGAACAUAUCACUUAAUAAGACAUUUUAUCAACAGAAAGCGUUAGGAUUAGCAGGUUAAGAAGACGUGUGAGACACUUGCUUAUGAUAUAGAUUUGGGAAUAUACAGUUCUGGUAAGCACUUAAAGGAACAUAAGGGAAUAUUAAGACUUUUGGUUUGCGUUUUCCAAAUGUUUCCUUCCAGAACAUUUGGUUUUAAAACGUGACAAAUCUGAUUUCAAAGCACUCGCUGUUUCUGCUCAGAGCUCACCUACUAGUCAAGUUGAUGCAGCAUUUUGAAUCAACCAUUAGGCCCUCCCACGAAUAGAGACCAUCCGAGGCAGAUUACCUUAAAACUGCGUCUGGUUGGUGCUCGAUGUGUUUUUGUUCAUCUCCCCAGCCCUCUCCUCUUAUCACUUGCUAAGUUGAGCCACACUCCAUGCGACAGUCUUACAUUUGACAGAGACUCUUUCCCAUCUCUCUGUUUACAUGCUUAAUUUUUUUUCCAUGCAAAGAUGACUCCAUUAAACAAGUUAGAAGAAGGUAGAGCACCUGGAGUUUAAGAGAGCUCAGACGAUACAAAAAAACAUCUCAGUGCACAGGAUACAAGCGGCCUGUUUAAAGUGCAAAAAGCUCUUCAGGUGCUCAAUGCCUCUUUAGCUCUUGAGCUACUAUGGCAAAUAACUGAAGCGAUGCGACAAAAUGGUGGUCUUACGGAGUUUAUCAAAGAAGACGUAGUGACAUUAGUGUCUGUUUCAAACAUUAAAAUGCCUUCUUCAUAGCUGUGUUGUGCCACCAAAAUUAAUAUGUUCCCUUUUGGUUCCAAGAGGUGCUCCAGUUCUUGUCUGAUCGCUUUAAAAAUCCAGAUAAGUUUGAUGCACACAAGUCCUUCCUGUCCAAAUUAAAAAUGACACAUUUACAAGUUAACAUCAGUGUAAAUUCAAGGUGGGCUAAAUGAGAUGAUGUGAGGUCUAUGUAGCCCACAUUUCAUGGCCGGAUUAUCCAGCUAGUGGGGUCUGGGCCCCUAUUAACCCAUCCUCCCUCUCUCUGUACAUUAGACAGUAUCACUAUGCUGGAAUAUGACAUGACCCCAGUUUUACUGUGCUGUAAUUUGACUUAAACACUACUUUGUGAAUAUGCAUCAUGUAAGCACAUCAUUAGCAGAAUUAAUGAAGGUCUUAAAGGGCAAGUGAUUCAGCGUUGCACUUGAAUAAAACUUGCAAAAGACUUGCAGCAGAGGCUUGGAUUUAUAUAACUGUCACAUCAUACGGGAUGGAUGGUAGAGCGGGGAAAGAUUCUAAUGUCGACGUGCGACUCAAUCUGACAACUUUUAUAGUCUAUUUUCUUUGACAAGUAAAGAAGCAGGAUCUAUCUAAAGUCCCGUUCUAGUGUCAGAUAAAGUUGUGCUUUAGUAAUGUGUUUAAUUAAGUUAUAUUACUACAAACCAACUCAUACAGUGGACCUGGGGCUGUUGGGGGCUAUGGGCAGUUGCUUUCCUAGUUGGUAGCCUCAACAGUGUCCAUAAAAAAAAAGGAUUUGGAUUAUUUUCAUAGAAAUGAGUCACAGUACAAGGUGACCAAAACGGUUGAUCCCCUCCCCCAUACACCCACUACUUUUCAUAUUGUUCUUUUUGAUUGAGAUGUGAAACAGCUGAAAAACAUUUCAUUGAUCAAUCUUGAGUGAAAAAUGAUAUUGGCAGAUUAAUGGUGGCAAGAGCUACAAAGUUGACACUCGGUUUCAGCCGGCUUAUUGGUUAUUAUGACUAAUUUAACUUUUAUUUUCCUUAUUCUUAUUAUUAUGACAUUGUUGUAAACCAAUUGUUGAGAAUUCACACUCGCUGUAUUACCUCCAUGUCAAGUUUAAUGUUGACUAUAUCAUCAUGGACAAAAUGUUUGAAGUUCUAAUAUUAUUCCGUGUCUCCUCGAUGUUUUUUGCAGUGAUACAACUUCCUCUUGAUGCAGGCACAAUGCUGGUACAUACUGUCGCACUUUUUAGGGAAAUGAGACCCCCAUGUAAACCAUGUUAACCCACUCCCCCCGCACACAUACAUACACACACACACACACACACACUGCAAAGGGAAGCGUCUAAAGUCACGGGAACAGUGACAUAAAAACACGAAGUGUAAUAUUUUGCAACAUGAGUAUCAUUCCAAUAAAGUUUUACUUGUAAAAUUCUA